AUGUGCUCUAUCAUUAUCCCUCAUACGGGCACCUCUACUUCUGUUUUACAGUCAAUCCUUCACGGUUCCCCUCAGGCGAAGAGGGAAGGCGAGCUUGAGAUUCUGCAACAUUCUAGGCUCGUAGGAAGAGGGAAAUAUAUUCAUUCAUUUGAGACCCAUCGUGUGAAGCCUGACCGGUUGGACGAAUACAAGAAAGCAGCCGAAGAGUUUUACACCGGGAUAGUUAGCGAUGAAAGUUUGCACGUCAAGCUUACAGGGAGCUGGGAAACAGUCGUGGGCGAGCUAGACACUUUCGUUCACAUACUUGAAUACGAGAAUUACGGCGGUUUGGACAAGUCGUCUGCCCUCAUUCGAACAUCGAAGCAUAACGAUGUUUUUCAGAAGAUCCUACCUCACAUUCAAUCUCGCUCGACUCAACUUUGCCAAGAGUUCGCCUUCCUACCUUCUUCUCCACCGCGAGAGAAGGGGGGCAUAUUUGAACUGAGGAGUUAUAGUCUUCGACCUGGGAAACUGCUGGAAUGGGAGACGUCAUGGCGAGCAGGCAUUGAAGCACGCAAGAAGACUAUUGCCCCUGUCGGCGCUUGGUUCUCGCAGGUCGGACAUUUACACCAGGUUGAUCACAUCUGGCAGUACGUCCGCCUUGAGAGUCGGAAGGAGCUUCGGGAAACAGCUUGGAAUACACCAGGUUGGAGCGAUACUGUCGUGAAGACCGCCGAUUUGUCGACUUCUAUGCAUACGUCAAUCCUGCUGCCAUUGCCAUUCAGCACGUUGAAAUGA